AGUGACGUCUGCUGUCGUAAACAACGUCAAAUGGCUUAGCGUCUAUAGCUAACAACUUGAGCGCUUUUUGUUUUCUUUUAUUUUCGUUUGGCGUCUUUGAAAUCUUAAUAAAUGGGGACGAGCCAUUUACCAUGAAACUCCGGGUGCAGUGUGACAGGAAUGAAUUCAGAAGACCAGCGAAUCUGAUUCCAACUGUAAUGCAGCCUAAUUCAAGCCACGGGAGCUCACAGGCAGCUGCAAAUGGUCUAUCCCUAACUCUGCAACCAGAGCUCCUCAACAGGCCUUUGCCGUCUACAGCCGCUGCUUCCACCUCAGAGAUCAACGAAGUGAGAGUAUCCAUGACAGGGACUGAGUCCAGCGGAGGAGCAUCAUCCAGAAGGUCAAGAGCCCACUCCCACAGCCACUCACAUUCACAUGGACACGUGCGGGCUCAGCGCUCCACUUCUGAGCCAGAGCCAGACUCGCCUGAGUCUGAUAUCGACUCAGGAGAACCCAGUACCUCUCUGUCGGAGCUGCGUUACCUCCUUAGGUGGCUUCAAAAAAGCCUUCCUUUUCUUGUCAUCCUGUGUGCUAAACUGGUCAUCCAACACACAUUAGGGCUUGCUGUUGGAGUUGGACUCUUCAUGACUUUUCUGUACGUGAAUAAAAACAUUCAAACGCAAGUGUUUUUGCAGGAGCGACAUUCAAAGCCACAGUGUUUAUGGCUGCUCGUCUUCCUUCUCUCUUCUACCGCCCUGCUCUACUACACCUUUUCCACGGAGGCACUUUACUACUGCCUGGUCUUUCUCAACUCCACGAAUGAGCCACUGGGAUUCUGGGAUGUUUUAUGGGCAGUCGGCAUCACCAACUUUGUAAUAAAGUUCAUUUUCAUGGGGCUCAAGUGCCUUAUCCUGCUGCUUCCAGCCUCACUGGUGACCUUCCGAGCCCAGGGUCGUUGGCUGAUGAUGGCAGAAGAAACGGGUCAACUUCACCAAGCGAUGGCUCCUGUCCCGCUGUGGUUCCGCUACCUUGUCACCUACCAUGAGGCUGACGGUGCUCCGGGACUCACUCUGGGGAUUCUUCUGGCGUUGCUCUACCUCAUAUUGAAGCUUUUGGGACUGUAUGGGCAGUUGACGUCAAUUCUGAAGACUGUGAAGUUGGUUCUGAAGGGCGAGCACACGGGCGCAGCAGCGACUAGGAGUCAGUGCAGUGAGGCCGGAGAUGUGUGUCCCAUCUGCCAGGGAGAGUACAGAGAGCCCCGCGUCCUGAUCUGCCAGCACAUUUUCUGUGACGAAUGCAUCGCACUGUGGUUCAACCGUGAGAAGAGCUGCCCCCUCUGCCGCACCGUCAUCACAGAGAAGGUGUACACUUGGAGGGACGGAGCGACGUCACCACACCUGCAGAUUUACUGAGGAGUUCAGCUCCUCGCUUCAAUUAAUGUGAUGUUAAAGUGUCAAGGCCCACUGACUGGUAAUGUUGCACGCACUGUUGAGUCAUCAGAACCAGACGAUUGUUCUGUGAACCGAACUGCAAUUUAUAAAAAGAAUCAGAUGGUUACUGCAUUUUUCAAUUUUUAUUUUGGGAGUGUUUGACUGCAGUGUUUUAUUUGGAUGUAUCUAAACUCUCACACUCCCACAUGAACACUCUGGAAUGUCGCUGCGUUCCAGAUGCAGUAACAUAAACACCCAAAUCCUGGAUGCAGUUUCACUUAAGGUUCAUGACCGUGUCACAUUUUUCUUUUACCUUUUUACUUAGUGUGGUGGUGUUUAUUUUUACCUUCUGCCUUUCCUAUAAGAAAUUUGAAGGGACCUUUUUAUUGUAUAUAAAAUAAAGAGUUAUAUACCUGCAAAUGUUUUUCAACAUUUGAUAAAUCGAUCAUGUAUUUAACAUGCAAAACAAUCCUUCUGUUUUUAUAUUUUUUUUCCAAAGUAUGAACUGGUAUUACGCUUUCCUGCUAGCUACAUAUUUGAACUGAUUCAUUGGAUGUGACGUGGUGAGUCGUCUUAUUCAGACUGAUGAAUAUGAUGCACAUUUUUUUCCUCUUAGGAGAAUGAUUUACACAGAAAUUAUUUUUCUACAUUUAAGGUUGUAUUUUGUACAAAAAGCCAAAGAUGAGGAGAGGCAUCUAUUUUGUUAUGAAUGAGGACAAUUUCACUGAAUUUUCAAUCCAUCUCAAU